UGGGAGAGAAAGCAUAAGUUGUCCAAGUCACUCUUCAGUGUGAAAUAGUGUUAUCGGCCCUUUCAACCCGUAGUACUGUCGUUUUGCAGGAUUCAAUUUGCAUAGAUUUCAGUUCAAACCGGCAGCUCAGCGCAGACACUUCCAGUUUCAUCAGUGAUUCUGUUUUUGUUAUUGUUGUUCCUCUUUUAGCUAUUUUUCGUUUCCCUUGUUUUGGGUUUUUUUCUUCUCGUUUUAAAUCUGUGCGUUCGUGUGCCCGCGUAUUGUGUGCUUUGACUUCUAACCUCGCUGGACGACACAUGACACACUCCGGACAACAUGGACGAUAGCGGCAAACGACUAGGAACACGGGUAUUCAAGAAGAGCUCCCCGAACGGGAAGAUCACGGUCUACUUGGGGAAACGGGAUUUCGUCGACCAUGUCAGUCACGUGGAACCUAUAGAUGGCGUUGUCCUAGUGGAUGCGGAUUACAUCAAAGAUCGUAAAGUCUUUGGCCACGUCUUAGCCGCCUUCCGCUAUGGACGCGAAGAUUUGGACGUUCUCGGACUUACAUUCCGCAAAGACCUGUACCUGGCUUCAUCACAAAUCUUCCCACACGAGCCGACCAAUAAGCGGUCACCUACCAGGUUGCAGGAGAGGUUGCUCAAAAAGCUCGGAUCCAAUGCCUACCCCUUUUUCUUUGAACUGCCGCCCCAUUGCCCGGCAUCCGUCACUCUGCAGCCAGCGCCAGGCGAUAUGGGAAAGCCAUGCGGAGUUGACUACGAGCUCAAGUGCUUUGUCGGCGAAACACACGAAGACAAACCGCACAAGAGAAACUCGGUUCGAUUGGCCAUCCGAAAGAUCAUGUAUGCGCCAAGCAAACAAGGGGAGCAGCCGUCGGUGGAGGUGAGCAAAGAGUUCAUGAUGAGUCCCAACAAGUUGCACUUGGAAGCCUCCCUCGAUAAGGAACUGUAUUACCACGGCGAGACGAUCGCUGUCAACGUUCACAUACAAAACAAUUCGAACAAAAGCGUCAAGAAAGUGAAAGUAUCUGUUCGCCAGUUUGCAGAUAUAUGCCUUUUCUCUACGGCGCAGUACAAGUGCACGGUUGCCGAACUGGAGAGCGAGGAGAGCUGCCCCGUGGGACCCGGUUUCACUCUUUCUAAAAUCUACUACCUUACGCCUCUCUUGGCAAAUAACAAAGAUAAAAGGGGUUUGGCUCUAGACGGACAGCUUAAACACGAGGACACCAACCUGGCUUCUUCAACCAUUUUGACGGAACCUGUACAAAAAGAAAAUCUGGGCAUCAUCGUUCAGUACAAAGUGAAAGUUAAACUCUGUCUCGGAGCUCUCGGCGGGGAUUUGGUCGCAGAGCUGCCGUUCAUUUUAAUGCAUUCAAAACCACCAGAAGAUAGCCCCCCACUAAGUCGCCCUCCAACAGCCGUGGCGAGUCCCAAAAAAGAUGUAGAUGAUGGAGUAGCUGUCGAUACAAACCUUAUCCAACUUGACGCUGAAGUGACGGCUUGUAAUCCGGAACAGGACGACGACAUUGUUUUCGAGGAUUUUGCCCGGCUGAGACUAAAAGGGGAAACGGAAGCAUGAAUAUGUGCUUGUGGUGUUUUAAUUCAAUUGACAGCCAAAGCCAUGCUGAUAUUUACAUAAAAAAGCAAACGGAUAGUGGAGGUUGGCGCUUGACUUUUCGCUCAUCUUAAGAUAUUUUUUUCCCCCUUGUUUUCAUCUUUUAAAUCCGGAUUGUAUUUUUGGAGGUAAGGGUGGGGCUAUCACCUUGUUUGGCUGACUUGAGAUUUCUAUUUUAGAAAACAAACCGCUUUAGAAUCAAGCCUCUGAUUCUUCUGGAUUCAUUCCCGCUUUUCUUUUAUCACAUCCGACAUUUCUGUAGUGUCAUAGAUUAUGCUGUAGUUGUAUCCAUUUGCCGCGCCGGUCAAACUUGAUCUUGCCAACGGGGCAUGUCAUCAGUGUGAAAUGAAAUUUCUGUUAGGCUGCAAAUCGCGCCCCGUUUCCCCUGUCUUACCUCUAUUGUUUCCAGAUUGCGCCUCUUUGAUAUAUUAAGUUAAAGAAAAAGAAGAAAGAUUGUCAUCAGCAGCAGGGUAUGCUUUGGAUUUUACAGACUAUCCGAGUCAUUGGACAAUUGAGGACUGUAAAGUCACGCAACACAUUUGAACUGAUGCGUCUCUUUCGACGUCCCAAAAGCAAAUUGCUUGCUUUUCUGUAUUGAACUGCGCUAUUCAAUGUUUUUGCAAUUAUGUAUCUAUAAUUAUUUAAAAAAAAGUAAAAAAAAAAAUACGAUUGGGGACAAAACAGGAUCAAACCACAAUUACGUGGUAAGGCAUGCUUUAAAGUAGAAAAUGUCCGGGAAGUUUUUAUACUUUCUUUUGCAACCCUUUUUUAUUCGUAUCUCUGGAAAUUUCACGUGUGAAGAUACUAAAAAUCAGACUUGCGGGAGAAAACGUUAUCAAAGCAGAGGAGCGUACAUGAAAUCCAAAAUCGUACAUUGUCAUCAAAGCUCCUCAGUCUCUUUCGUAGCCAAUUGUUUCUAAAGGUCUGACCGGACGCUUUACUUCCUGUUUAUUUUUUUGUUGUUUGUUUUCUGUCAUCCUUUUGUGAACCAUCCAAUGAACCGAUUUAUUUUCUCUGAUAACUGCUGAGGUCGCCAAUUCUCGAGUCCUGUCCCCCCACAGACAACAGUAUCCGAAUCAACCAAACCGAACACUUGACUGUAUCGAU